AUGUCAGAUCGAGAGUUCAGCUCCAACGACGACCUGUCGCUGCCAAAAGCGACCGUCCAGAAGAUCAUCACCGAGAUUCUUCCCCCCUCGUCCGGCCAGACUUUUUCCAAAGAUGCGCGCGACCUCCUCAUGGAAUGUUGCGUGGAAUUCAUCACGUUGAUCUCGUCCGAAGCGAACGAAAUCAGCGAGAAAGAGGCGAAGAAGACCAUCGCCUGCGAACACGUCGAGCGGGCUCUCCGUGAUCUGGGAUUUGGCGACUACAUUCCGGAUGUGUUGGCGGUGGCAGAGGAGCAUAAAGAGCAGUUGAAGUCGCGCGAGAAGAAGCAGAGUAAGAUGGAACAGAGUGGACUGUCGGAAGAGGAACUUCUUCGACAGCAACAAGAGCUGUUCCGGUCGGCGACGGAGAAGUAUCAUGCGGCACCAGAGUGA